AUGAAUUUUAAUUUAUUUAGGUUCAGUAGUUAUGUAUCUGUUGGUGGUAAAGACAAUGAUAAAAAUGAUGAAUAUGACCUUUUUUCAUCUGAAACACAAAUUAAAAGGAAAUUGGAAUAUGGUGAAGAUGAAUACUAUUAUGGUAAUAAUGAUACACUGACAAAUCAUGAUACUUCAGUAUUGUCACAACUACUAUCAAAUCCAGCACAUAAUAUAUCAACAUUGUCAUCUAUUAUCACUAAUGCUACUGAUAUCAAUCCUGGUAUCAAUUACCAAAAUAUAGUUGAAGAUAAUACUGUUAUGCAAAACAAGGAAAGAAAUGUGGAUAAUCGAUAUUAUACUGAUUGGGAUUGUCUUAAUACACAUUGGAAAUAUUGCAAAGAAAAUAAAUUAACUUAUAGUUUAUUUGGAUUUUUAAUUUAUGCUGUUGUAACAUCAUCAGUAAAUAUAGAGGAUGAUAAUCUUGAAUUUAAUUUAUACAAUCUUUAUAAACAUGAUCAUAAUGGUAAACAACCAAUACAAAAGAUGAGAGAUUUUGAAACUGAAAAAGGGAAUAUAGAUGUUCAAUUGUUUUGGGAGGUGGUAAAGAAAGCAAAAUCAAAUGAAUAUAUUCUCUUUGCUAUGUACAUAGAAAGAAUGGUUAAAAGGCUUGAUUAUGAAAAUUUGUUACUGAAAUAUCAAAGCAGUGAAAUUGGUGAAAUUGAGAUGUCAAUUGAAAUUGUUUCAAUGAUCCAAGGAAGUUCAUUAAGAAACAUUGAUGAAUUGUUUAUUUCAGGAAUUAUUGAUUUAACUCACAUGCCCACAAAAAUUAAUGAUCAUUUAAUUAAAGUUAACUUAUUGGAUGAAUUGUUACUUGCUAAUGAAAAUAUGGCAGAAAUCCCAUCAGACCUAUUGGAAUAUGUAAAGAAAUAUAUCUCUUCAAAUCAAAGGUAUGAAAUCCCAUCAGAAUUAAAUGAAAAAGAAUUUGGAUUGUAUAGGGCUGCUAGAAAACUCUGUGAAUCAUUUAUGGAUUUAAAAUUAAAAGAACAAUAUAAAAAAGAUAAUUAUAUUUAUGAAAGUACUUGGAGUCAUGGCACACUAGAUAAUGUUAAAAAUUUUAUUUUACAUGACUUAAAUGAAUUAUACUAUCAAUGGUAA